GAGAACCUAAAUAUAAAUGAAAAUUCUGAUGUGCUAAUCUUUGACAGUGAAAACUUCCAUGCUCUCCUGAAGGAUAUACCAGAAGGUAAAAAGUCUUUGCGUUCCACAUGGAUAAUUACAUGAGUGAUGAAGACACAGAUGAGGACUUUGAUACCCAGCUCAUCAUCCAGCAGAGUUUACAGGACAUUCACCGGCCGAGGACUACACAGCAGGCAUCGGCAGAUGAGAGCUUCCAUUCCUUUUUGAGUGCUGACUAUAAGAAGAUAAUUGAAACAAUAGAGGCAGGUAAGGAAGAUGCAUUGUCACACUUGACCAAGCACCAUUCUGCUUUUGAUGAAGCAGACGGGACAGGCUGGCUUCCUCUGCACAGGGCUGCAGUGCAGUUAAAUAAGAACAUUUUGCAAAUAACCCUGAAAGCUUCAAAACCCAGCGUGUGGGAGCAAACCACCCACAAUGGUGAAACACCACUUUUCUUGGCUGUCAGCACUUGCCUCUUAGAAAAUGCCCAUUUUCUUCUUCUCAAUGGCUGCAAUCCGAAUGCCAAGAAUUCUGAAGGCAAUUCUCCUCUUCUUACAGCUGUCCUACACAACUCCUAUGAGAUGGCCGCCUUGCUCAUCAGCUAUGGGGCAGACGUGAAUCUGCGUUGUAUCAACGAGAGGACAGCUCUUCACGAAGCAGCCAAACUGGGCAGGCAGGACAUAGUGAAGCUGAUGUUGGUUUCAGGGGCACACCCUGACCCACAGAGCUCCUAUGGAUUCACUCCUCUCGCUCUUGCUGCCCAAAGUGGACACACUGAAGUCAUGGAAAUGUUACUGCAGAAAGGAGCUAAUGCUCUUGGGCAGGCCUCGGACUCUUCUUCCAUCUUACUUGAAGCUGCUAGUGGAGGAAAUCCAGACUCGGUGACUCUUCUACUAGAGCAUGGAGCUGAUGCCAACAUCCCUAAGAAUUCAGGCCACCUGCCCAUUCAUGUGGCAGCUGACAGAGGCCAUUUGUUAGCCCUAAAGAUCUUGGUUCCAGUGACGGAUCUUGCCGCCAUUAAGCAGAGUGGCAUCAGUCCCGUGCACUGUGCAGCAGCAGGAGCACACCCCGAAUGCCUGGAACUCCUCAUCCAGGAGGGAUUUGAUGUAAAUUUCAUGCUGGAUCAGAGAAUUCGCAAACACUAUGAUGACCACAGGAAGUCAGCUUUGUAUUUUGCUGUAUCAAAUGGUGACCUCUCUUCAGUUAAGCUGCUUCUGAGUGCUGGAGCUCUGCCUAAUCAAGACCCAGUUAACUGCCUCCAGAUAGCACUGCGGAUGGGCAACUAUGAGCUGAUAAGUCUGCUGCUCCGGCAUGGGGCCAAUGUCAAUUAUUUCUGCAGAGUCAACCCUUUACAUUUCCCAUCAGCACUGCAGUACACGCUGAAAGAUGAAGUCAUGCUCAGGAUGCUACUGAAUUACGGGUAUGACACAGAGCGAUGCUUUGAUUGUCCUCAUGGAGACAAAGUUCAUCCUUGCUAUACUUUUGAAGGCUGGACAUCUACAGUUAUCAAAGAUACUAUGUUUUGUGAAGUAAUAACAUUGUCAUGGCUGCAACAUCUCUCUGGGAAGGUUGUUCGAGUGAUGCUUGACUAUGUUGAUCAAGUUCGAAUCUGUUCAAAGUUGAAAGCUGUGCUCCAAAAACAGGGGCUCUGGUCAGAAAUCCAUUUUAUCUUGACAAACCCACGGCCCCUCAGACAUCUGUGCCGCCUGAAGAUCCGACAGUGUAUGGGGCGCUUACGCCUGCGCUGCCCGGUCUUCAUGUCCUUCCUUCCGUUACCAAACCGUCUCAAAGCAUAUGUCCUUUACAAAGAAUAUGACCUUUAUGGACAAGGGAUUUUCACAGGAACCUGGUAGUCAAACCAUUCUGGAUGGAAAGCAAUAAUUCAAGUCCCAACCUGAGAACUAAGAAGGUGACAAUUAAAUGCCACGGGCUGUAUCAACCUUGAACUGAAGACACUUAAGCUUCUUUCCCACUGGCAUCAGCUGUAAUACAUCAGAAAUGUGAGCAACCCAA